AUGACCAAAGCCUCUACAAUGGUCGGAAAACCAUUCCGAAUCCCAUUGCUCAGAAAGACCGAGGAGUCUGGGGACAAUGACGGAGGCUCCGAGCCCCAAGCAAAAAAGAGGCGGAUCAGCAGCGACAAAGGGGACGGGGUAAAGACGAUGGGGCCUCAAUUGGUUUUCAAAACCCCUGGAAUAUCUUCAUUUCCACGCAAGCCACUUUUAGCAGUCAAAAACCCCGCAGUAGCCACAGAGUCACUCGACGGAGGGUCCGAGGUAUACUACAAUGUUCUUUGGCGGAAGUAUACGACCAAGAAGCACAAGACUUGGGAUGGUGAUGGGGUGCUAAAAGUCACUGGCGGGCAUGCCCAUCUCCAGGACACUUCAGGACGUGAUAUGGGAAAAGCAUCUUGCGAUUGGCCUCUGCUUCCUGGCUCCCAGCUAUCGAUAGGGGGAAAGGAGGUAGAAGUCGAUUCCAUCCUCUCAAGAGAGGAUUCCUUGGCCGGUCGACCAUUCCUGAAGUCAAGCAUCGUGAAGUUUACACCAGAGUUUGUACAAGUACCCCUACCAAACCCAAAGCCGAGGCCAGACUCGAAGGCGGCUCUCCUACAGCAGAGCGAGGAAACGAAGAAGCCACUCAAUCUGGCUGCGCCGAGAAGUGUAGCUACCCAAGCAAUGUUCAAGAAUCCAUUACUAGUAAGCACUGUAAUGCCUAAGCAGGAACCCAACGAGCCAACACCGCGCCAUGAUCCAACCGCCGCACAAGCAAUAGUCAUGAAGCGUCCCAAAACCGUGCCGAAAGGAAAACAGGUCGUGGAUGUUGUGGUCGAUCCACUUCUUGCGAAACACCUACGGGAACAUCAACGUGAAGGAGUCAAAUUCAUGUACGAGUGUGUGAUGGGCAUGCGUGACUUUGAUGGCCAAGGUGCAAUCCUAGCAGACGAGAUGGGCUUAGGCAAAAGUCUGUCGACUAUCGCGUUGUUAUGGACGUUGCUGAAGCAGAACCCUAUCUGCGAGGGUUCUCACAAUCCGCCGCCUGUCAUCAAAAAGGCUCUGAUAGUAUGUCCCGUUACUCUGAUAAACAAUUGGCGCAAGGAAUUUCGCAAAUGGCUUGGGGUUGACAGACUUGGUGUUUACGUCUUUGACGGUAGCAAGAAGCAUAUCACAGGCUUUACUACAAGCAAAGCUUAUCCCGUUGGGAUCAUUGGGUAUGAAAAGCUAAGGACUGUGGUCGAGGAUCUGAAGAAGGGCCAUGGAAUCGAUAUUGUGAUCGCUGACGAGGGCCAUCGUCUGAAAACAGCCAAGAACAAGAGCGCACAAGCCAUCAAAUCUCUGAACACCUCAAAGAGAGUUAUCCUAUCUGGGACUCCUAUCCAGAAUGAUCUGAGCGAAUUCUUCAUGAUGGUCGACUUUGUUAACCCGGACCUACUGGGAUCAUUCAAAACGUUUACCAAAGAAUUUGAAUUUCCGAUCGUGAAAAGCAGACAGCCUGGCGCUUUGAGGAAAGAUGUUGAGAAAGGCGAAGCAAGAAGCGAAGAAUUAGCCUUACUGACCAGCAUGUUCAUACUUCGCCGGACUGCUGAUAUACUCUCGAGAUACCUACCGUCAAAGACGGAGUACGUCCUUUUAUGCCGCCCAACCGCGGCUCAGGUGUCCACCUACCACCAUGUCCUCGCUUGCCCGGCAUUCCAGAGGUUGUUGGGAAGCCCAGAGGCCUCACUUCAGCUCAUCACUGUCCUCAAGAAGGUUUGCAACAGCCCGUCGUUGCUCAAUGGCAAAACUCUUUCAGAUCCUUCGGUGGCGGUGAGCCCCUUGACAGCCGGACUUCUGGCCAGUGUUCCCCCUCAUCUACUUCGCACCAACGCUGGUAGUACCAAACUACGGGUCCUUGAUCAACUUAUGCACAACCUUCGGACUACUACCCGAGAAAAAAUCGUUCUCGUCUCCAACUACACCGCAACCCUCGACCUUCUGCAAACACUUCUCACCUCACUCUCCUAUCAUUACCUCCGCCUUGAUGGCUCCACCCCAUCCUCCAAACGCCAAGAACUUGUAGACGCUUUCAACCGCUCGUCAGCCUCCGAGUGUUUUGCCUUCCUCCUGUCCGCCAAAUCUGGUGGGGUUGGCCUCAAUUUGAUCGGCGCCUCCCGCCUCGUUCUUUUCGACGUAGACUGGAACCCUGCCACAGAUCUCCAGGCAAUGGCAAGGAUCCAUCGCGACGGACAGAAGAGGCCUUGUGUCAUCUAUCGCUUUGUCAUGGCUGGAGGAUUGGACGAGAAGAUCUGGCAGAGGCAGACGACGAAAUUGGGCCUCGCUAACAACAUCAUGGACCAGAAGGGAGGGACUAGUAAUUUCACAAAGGAAGAACUCGAGGACCUUUUCAGACUCGACGAAGGGUUGUCCUGUCAGACUCAUGAUCUGCUCGGCUGUUGCUGCGAGGGGCGAGGUCUACCGGCCCCUUUCCCCGUCGACGAAGAGCUGACAGAGAUCUUGGACAGCGAUGAUGAGGUGAGGGAGGAGGAAAUGCCGGAUCUACCUCGGCUCAUUCAGGCAAACAACCUUGACAUGGAAGAGCAAGAGCGAAAGAUCAAAGAAGAUGCGCGUUCUUCCCGAAAUCAGAAGGAUGGUGCGAAGAUGGAUUUGCUGAUGGCUUACUCACACGUUGAUACUUCAAAUUUCUCAAAGGAAGAUGAUGACGGUAUGGAGGCUUUGGUUCAUGACAAGGUGUUGCUCGAUGUGUUGAAAGAUGAGGGCAACAGGGUAUCGUUUGUCUUUGCUAAGACCUCUGGCUGA